UUAUUUAAGGGUUUGGUUUUGGUAAUAGUUUAAGAAAAAAAAAAUUUUAAAACCUAACAAAAAGAACGUUGAAACAAACUGAGCCUUAGUAUUCGCAUGCAAGGGCUACUACUAUUUAGCCACCUAAGUCAAUUUGGCUUAUUUUGGAGGGAAAAAAGGAAAGCUGGUUUGUAUUGUAUAUCAUUUUUCAUAAACGUAGCAUUUUCUUUUCAGAGUGAGAUAUAUAAAGAGUGAUGUUAUUUAACUUGUAGUCAAAGUUCAAGCUUGAAAUUGGGGGGCUUUUACCAUGACAUUAAACAAUCAAGUAAAUGCUUCCUUUGCCCAGUGUAGCUAUUGAUCUUUUGGAAAAUAACAAGGUGCAAGCAAUCAUAGGCCCAGGAACAUCACCUGAAGCGAAUUUCUUGGCUGCAUUGGGGGACAAGGCCAAAGUUCCUAUCCUUUCUUUUUCUGGGAGUGGUACUUCAUCGUCAACAGAAUAUCCUAGUUACCUUGUUCAACUUACACAAGAUCAAACACUUGAAUUUGAUGGCAUUGCUUCCAUUGUUGAAUCAUUUCAAUGGACGAAUGUCAUCCUUAUUUAUGAGGAGGGAGAAAUCAUAUCAAAUUUGGCUGAUUCGUUCCAAGAGAAAAACAUUCGCAUUGCUUAUAAGACUGCAAUUUCUGCAUCAGCCACCGAUGAACAAAUCCUUGUAGAGCUCCAUAAUCUCACGAGUACUACUCCUCAAACCACAAUAUUUGUUGUGCAUGUUUCAGCUUCUCUAGCGUCUCACCUUUUCUUAAAUAUCAAAAGGCUAGGAAUGAUGAGUGAAGGAUAUGCUUGGAUUAUAACUGGUAAGACUAUGGAGCUCUUGCAUUCAAUGGAUUCUUCGGUACUCAUUGAGUCUAUGCAAGGGGUUCUAGGUUUCAAGUCUCAUAUUCCACCAUCAAGGGAGCACCACAACUUCGCUCUAAGAUGGAGAAGGAAAUUUCAUAUGGAGAAAUCCGACAUGGAAAUGAUGGAGUUAAAUGUGUUUGGCAUACGGGCAUAUGAUGCAAUUUGGGCACUAGCAAAGGCAGUGGAGAGGGUAGCGGAUAAGAUUUCUCAUACUCAAGAACAAAAUGCUGCACUGAACGUGACAGACUUAGCUAACAUUGGAGCUUCUAAAAGUGGUUCAAUAAUUCUAAAAGAGAUAUUGUACAUUAGAUUUAGGGGUUUAAGUGGUGAGUUUCAAUUUAUGAAGGGGAAACUAAUCUCUAGGGCAUUUGAAAUUGUGAAUGUACUAGACAAAGUGGGUAGAACAGUUGGAUUUUGGACAUCAAGUGAUGGAAUCACUAAAGAAAUGUUGAGCGAAAAGUAUCAGAGGUCUUCAAGUAGUAGUAGUGGUACUCUUGAAGCCAUUGUCUGGCCAGGAGGAUCUACAACUACUCCAAAAGGUUGGUUGAUGCCGAUGAAUAGUAAAAAGCUAAGAAUUGGUGUUCCAGCAAAAUUGGGGUUCACGGAAUUGGUGAAGAUGGAUCUUGAUCCUCAAACCAAUGCAACGAAGUUUAGUGGCUUUUGUAUAGAUGUAUUCCGUGCUGCCAUUGAUGCCUUGCCAAUUGAUGUACCAUAUGAGUUUAUUCCAAUUUACAAGAUAAAAAACUACAACGAUCUUGUAUAUCAGGUCUAUCUUCAGAAAUAUGAUGCUGUCGUGGGGGAUGUUACAAUAACAGCCAAUAGAUCUUUAUAUGUUGACUUUACAAUGCCAUUUACCCACUUGGGUGUUGGAACAAUAGCAAGGAUUGACGAUAAGAACAUGUGGAUCUUCUUGAAGCCACUUGAUCCAAAUCUAUGGCUCACAAGUGCUGCGUUCUUUAUCCUAACCGGCUUCGUUGUUUGGGUUAUUGAGCAUCCCAUAAAUGAAGAAUUCCAAGGUUCAGCUGCUCAGCAAAUUGGAACGGUCUUCUGGUUCUCCUUCUCAACCCUUGUUUUUGCUCAUAGAGAAAAAUUAGUAAGUAAUUUGUCAAGGUUUAUAGUGACUGUUUGGGUAUUCGUCGUGCUUAUAUUGACUUCAAGCUACACUGCAAUUUUAUCUUCACUGUUGACGGUUCAACAAAUUCAAAAGGAAAAUUCUAUAGGGUUCCGACAAGGUUCUUUUCAUGAAGGAGUCAUCAUCAGCAGCCCGCAUUUUGAAGACACUAGGCUUAUGCGCUAUUCUUCACCUAAGGAAUUUGCGGAUGCUUUAUCAAAUGGAACUAAAAAUGGUGGAGUUGGCUCUAUAGUUGAUGAGAUUCCAUAUAUCAAGAUCUUCCUCGCAAGAUAUCCCUUUGGCUAUGCCUUGAUUGCAUCAGAAUCUACCACCAAUGGCUUUGGCUUCGUUUUUCGAAAGGGUUCGCCAUUAGUUCCUGAGAUGUCGAGGGCGAUUAUGAAACUAAGAGUAGAAGGAAAACUUGAGAUGAUGGAGAAGACAUGGUUUAAGAGUCACUCAUCUCAUAUGUUCCAGGAUUCCAACAUUCUAAACCUUCGCAGCUUUGGCGGUUUAUUUCUUAUUAGUGGACUCUCUUCAGCUUUAGUCCUUGUCGUAUUCGUGAUUAGGCGUAUCAAAAAUAAUAUUAGAAACCUAUUUCUACAAGUAAAUUAUGUUUUCAUGUAUAAGUACUUCUUCACUGAAAAUAAUAGCCAUAUUACAAGAUGACUAUUUCUUAGAUGCAUUGAAUAAGGUCAAAACUUUGAUCUUAAAUAAUGCAUUAAAUGGAUAAGAUAUGUAAAUGGUAGUAUUGUUCAUUUUAUAUAUACAAAAGUUGUACAUUUUUUAAUUUUAUA